ACAUUUGCAGCGGCGAAACGUCCGAGCUGUCAUAACAAGCGUCAGUCUGCCUGUUUCGCUGUUUCAGCCCACAGCCAUGCCAUCAAAAUGAUGCCCUAACCCGCGGACAAUCCUCAGUAAUUACCUUUAGGGGUUAAGCUUUACAGUCUUGAACGGGGAUUACGAUGUUUUAAACGGGGCUCGCUGACUGAAGAGCGGAUUAUAAUUUCCUGCCCGAAUUGAGUGUUAGUUGGUUUAUUAGCGUGUUUGUUUCCUUCAUCGUUGACUGGCCACACAAGACAACAAGUUAUGUCUCGUAGGAGUUCUCGCCUGCUGUCGGGUGGCUACUACAACUCAGAUGAGGAAUCUGACUCAAGUAGCGUGACAACCAUAUCCUACCGAGAGAACGCUGUCAAGGUUUUCAAGAAGAAGGCAGGCAACCGCAAGGCCGCCUCCCGGACCUCCAGUCGAGCCAACAGCAAUGCCAGUUCACCAGACACGCCAGUUACUCCAGGUCCGAGUCUGUCUCCUCUGAGCAGCCCGGUCCAGCCCGCCAUGAGGACCGCACCGUACGUGCCCGCCGUGGCCACGCCUCGACCAGCCCUGACGGCUCCGUCGUCCCGGAGUCAGACACCCACGCCGUGCCCAUCAUCCGUGACCUCGGAGAGGAACGCUCACGCCGGGCUGGGCAGCUCCAGCGCGGCAGGCCUGCACCUCAGGCCCGGCCACAAGGAGCCCACCCAGAGCGGCGUGGAGAGCUCGGGGUACUCCUCGUCCGAGGGCACCUGCAGGAGGCCUCCGCCCACAGCCGGCAGCACCUGCAGGGCCAGCUGUAAAAGUGGGGCUCCCAGCACUGGAUACAAAAGCCGAAUCAGCAGUGCCUUCUUUGGACUCAUUGACUCAGCCUCUCUGGUGGCAGCUGUGGCGCAGUCAAAAGUGCGUCACAUGACAGCUUUAGCAGCUAAUACCUCACUCAGCAGGCGAAUGAAGAAGACCUGUGGUCUAGUUCUCCUCUUCCUCAUCAUACUUCUAUGUAUUUGGUUGCUCCUUCCUUUGUUCACCUCCUUCGUCUCCCACAUGACUGUCACAAAGACCCCAUCACAGACUAAAGCCAAGAGUCAGCCUGUUCUCCCUGCCACUCUUCCUCCUCAGGGCACCACCCCACCCGCACCUGUGGUGGAUCCAGCUGUUGUCUCUGCAGCUGUUGAAGCAAAAAUGCAGCGUUUUCUGGUGGAGCUUCAACUGAAGAACGAAAAGCUUCUCUCGCAGAUGAAGGAGAGCCAGCAGCUGGACAUGCAGGUUAUGAAAGCCAAGCUGGAGGCAGUGGAUUCAGACGUCCGGCGUCAUGUGGAGCAGGAGGUUGCUGGGCUGGUCAGGCAGGUGGCAGAUUACCAGACGGACAGCCGCUCUGCUGCUGCCAGCCUCAGCCUCCAGAUCAACACGUUGGAGACCCAGAAUGCCAAGCUUUCGCAGGAGUUGUCCUCCAUUCAGCUAAUGCCUCCUCCAACUCCUUGUCCUGACGCCAGCACAGCCCCAGCCCAGAACCAACUCACCCCAGAGCUCCAACAGGCCAUGGAGAAGUGGCUCUCUGACCGCAUCAAGGAACAGGACGCUAUCAGGCUCAGGGACAAAGGAAGCUGUGCAGAGUGUGUUCGUCCCAUGGCAGACAAAAUGGCCGACUUUGCCCUGGAAACUCAAGGUGCUAGCGUGAUCAGUACCAGGUGCUCGGAGACAUAUCGCAUUCGCUCAGCAUGUGUGACCCUCUUUGGUUUCCCUCUCUGGUAUCCAUCUGAAAGCCCACGCACUGUUAUUCAGGGAUACCCAGUGCUGCUUCCAGGGAAGUGUUGGGCCUUCCAUGGGGUCCAGGGUACUCUUGUCAUCUCUCUGUCACACCCUAUCAGUAUAAGUCAUGUGACACUGGACCACCUGCCACGCUACAACUCCCCAACAGGCCGCAUCGACUCUGCGCCCAAAGACUUUGAAGUCUACGGAAUGAAGAAUGACACAGAAGAAGGAACACUGCUUGGGACGUUCACUUACGAUGAGAAUGGAGAGUCAACACAGACAUUUAAGCUCCCUAACCCGAGUGAGGCGGUUUAUCGGUUUGUGGAGCUGCGAGUUCUCAGUAACUGGGGUCACAUCGAAUACACCUGUCUGUACCGCUUUCGUGUUCAUGGAACGAUCGACUCCACAUGAGGCACUUAAAAAUUAGCAAAGAGAAUUAGACUUUACUUUUGGUCCGAUGUGUUCAAGAACAAAUGCUACUGAAAAAUUAAGUAUUGACGGAAACUAUUCCGAGGUGACAACCAUGUCUGUCAGCUGGUUUUGAUUUUUUUUUUAGUACAGGAAGACAUUAAACAAUAUAGAUCUCAAAAACUGUCUUAUGCAGUGCACCUUUGGCUUAGAAUAUUUCAAGAAUAGAUGUACAAUGAAUGUCUAAAAAGCCAAAAAACAUGUGGGAGUUUGAGGUUCUGGUAACUUUAUGCUUUCAAUACUACGAGUGUGCCAUUAGAUAUUUUCAAAUUUCAGUCAUUAUUAAUUUAACUGUAUUUAUGAAGAUUUUCCUGCUUCAUAGUGCUACAGCGCACAAUCUUUUGUAGAAAACUGCCUUCCCAGUGGUACUUUAACACUGAUCCUUAUUUAUGAAGGAGGUUCUGGGGUUUACAACAGCAGCUGGUCAAUCAUUACAGUAUCUCUCAGGGCUUCCUACUACUUAUGAGAAAGUUUUGGGGUCAAAUAUUUUAAGUAAAGAAAUAAUUUGAACUUAAUUUGUUCUAUUAUUUUUUGAACACCUCAGAAAUUUUUGUUUGGUUUAGUUUGCUAAAUGAAUUAUGAAUGUCUUUUCAAUAGAGCAGCCUUUUGUUGUUAUGAUUUUUGUGAAUGAUCAGUAUUGUUUUUCAGUUUUAGUAAUAAGAAAGGUAAAAAAAAAAGGAUAUUUUGUUUUCUUUCUAAGAGAGCUUCAGCACAUCACUCGUGUUUUUAUUUUCAGUCCUUGAAUACUUGAAAACUUUUUACGUUCUCUUAACUUAGACGUCAUACUGAACACAUUUUUUGUACCUGGUUUUUCACUUUGUAUUAGCUGCUUAGCCAAGAAGAAAAAAUUAUACAUAAGUAUUUCUAACAGAUUUUAUUUGAAGGAUCAGAAUAACAACAGUUGGUACAUUUUGAAAUUUUACACAUGAUUAACUAUUUAUGCAACGUGUGUGGACACAGUGAUAUAUUUUUUUUUCAAUUUCCUGUUUACUUUCACUGGUCCAGCUAGAACUUGUUAAAUAUCUGUUAGACACAGAUUGAGCUGAGUUAAUUACAGCCAACAUAGUUUUUGAUUCAGUGUUUGUUCUGUUUGGUCUAAAUAAUUGUCAUGAAAUGAGGAUAUUUACAGUUAGGAAAAAAUAUACAACAUAUCAUAAACAUGCAUUUUCUGAAAAUAUUAUUAUACAACUGAAAGUAUUUUUUGGAAAGUGUUUCAAUAUUUGUUUGAUGCUUUAGGUGUAUAUGAGUGAGGUUAUGAUUAUGUCACCAUAACAUUUGUGCUUUUAUCUUAAAUCUGUUUUCUCCAUUUAAACUGGAAAAAAGACUAAUAUAUUUAAGUUAAAGAUUUUUGGACUGAAAACAUUUGUUUUCAUAGGUAAAAUGUUGUAAAACAACUCUUUUUGCUUCUGCUUUGGCCCUUUUUUAUUUCAUUCAUGACCAUAUAAUUAAUAUUUUUUGGUUCAUUUUCUCCAUCAACGUAUUUUCAGGUUGAUACUAAAUGCCAAAAGAUGUGUAUGUAUCUUUUCAAUGAAAAUAUAGUCAUUGCUCUUUGAUAUGUUUAAUAAAACAUCAUAAC